AAAAAUCGGCUGGCUGCCGGUUGGUCGCCAUACUUGUGGCGAGCUACAUAGGAAUUUGUUCUCCAAAGUUUUCGUCGUUAUCGACGAAAGGGAGUAGCUUUACUCCCUUUUUUGUGUUCCAAGUUACGUUUUCAUCUAUUUACCGUGUGGUAAAGGUUAUUUGUAUAGGAAAAUAUAUUUUUCUUUGUUUUAUAUUACAAACAUGGCUUUCUAAAAUGUCGGCCUUGCACGUAAUAUCGUUAUCUCCUUGCGGAGUCUCCCGCUCAGCCGUUUGUGUGGAUGUUGGAGGAAUCCAGAAUGGACAAGAAAUCUUUGAACCGAACUUCUCAACCACAGUCGAGGGCAUCAGCCAUCGACUGUAAAAAAAACACUGAAUCAACUCCUAGGCCUUGGCCUCGUAAUAAUAAGAAACGUGAAGGACCUGGAAGUACCCCCAAAAAUGAACCAAAUAGAAAAAAUGCACCAGCACAACAUGGCAGGGGACAGUAUGAUAGGAGACCACGCCCUCGUGGAUCCGGUGGUUACCAUGUGGGUGGAACGCAGAACACCAGGCUAGGACAAGAUGAAGAGCCAGAAAUUGGCUCAGUCUUUGUGCCCGGAAGCAAGAAGCAAAACAUGAACCAUUUGCUGAAUUUUACGUACUCUCGUGGAGUGCAAGAGCAUAGGGGUCACCAGGUUAGACGUCCAGGGUUCCAGAACCGUGGUCCGAGUCGACAUGGACAUGACCAUUAUUUGAGAGCUUAUUGCCAGUUUGUGGUAAAGGAAGAUGGAGAUAUUAAAGCAAAUUUGCUGGAUCCUGAUAUCCCAUUAAAGUGGGAACAUAUUGAAGAAGUUGUGGUCAGAGCUACAGGUCGCUCGAAGUGUCUUAUAUGCUUGGGACCUCCUGCGGCUGGUCGUGUGUAUCGUUGCGGCCACAUUUACUGCUGGGCUUGCAUUCUGCACUAUGCUGCAACUCACGACAAGCAACCACCACCAUGUCCAAUGUGCUCUACACCAUUGCAUGUUGAUGACAUGAAACCUAUAAGAAUUGUAGAAUGGGAAUCAGAAACAGAAGAGGUAACUAUGCGUCUCGUACGCCGUCUGCGAGGAUCCACUGCAGUGGAAAUGGCGCCACCACGCGGACAAGUGAUAGAGGCAAUGCCACCAAUUUUGCCUCUAGAAAAUAUCAACAAUGCACCAUAUACUAAGAUGUUCUCUGCCACUAAGCAACAGGUCCAUGAAAUCUUAAUAAGAGAGAGACAAGAAAUAGAGAAUCAAAUCUUGGCAGAGAUAGACACAACUGAAAUUGUUUACUUGGAACAAGCUUUAGAAAUGCUUAAGGCCAAAGAGGAAAAUAUCAAUCUUAGAUUCAGUGAGCCAAAGUUCACUAUGAAUGAAGAAACUGAAGCUUUAGUUCCUACCGUAUAUGAAAAACAGGAAGAAAACCAAAAUAAAUUAGAUUGGUUUGAUGUAAAUGAAGAGGGGGCAGCUGCAUGUGCUGAAAUAAUGCAAGAAACACCCAUUGACACUGGAAUGGGAGAUACAAAUGAAAAAGACCGUGCAUCACCUAAACAACUAGAACGGUUGGAUGAAUAUGAAGGUGGAGCUGCUUGUGUUGACAUUAUACAUAAUAAUAUGAGAGCAUUGAAUCUUAACUCAGUUGAUUCUAAUUUGAAUCCGGAUGCACCAUCAUUUGAAGUAGAUGAAAUGCAGCCAGAGGAAUUUCCUUUGACUGAAUGUAUUGUUCAGGAAACAAAACAAAUUGAAGAUAAUGCUACCACAACCAUUGAUAAACUCAACCAUAAGAAAUUCUUUUAUUUCUAUCAAGCUGAAGAUGGGCAGCAAAUAUUUUUACAUGGCUUGAAUGUGCGCAUUCUAAAUGCAUCAUGGGGCGCCUUAGCCGCUGCUCCGCAAGUAAUACGUGGACGUGUGUUGAACCGGGAAACGUUUUCACUCACUGAGCAGGACCGAAAACACAUGCCCUGUACCGCACAUUUACCUCUAUAUUGUGCUUAUGAUAUUGUUGAAUUAGAGCUGCAACCACCAUUUGUCACUGAAACAGCAUUGAACCAUUUUGCCGGUGAUUUAAAACGUCGUGCACAGGCGCGCGCACGUCGUAAACGCGAAGAAAAACUUGCCAACCGCCGGGCUGCGGAGCAACAGCCAAGGCCGGACCUAUCCUCGUUCCCACCUUAUUCUAGCUCGCCACCUUAUUCCAGCUCGCCACCUUAUUCCAGCCCGCCACUUAAUUCUAACCCGCCCCUAGUUCCAUCCCUAGGAGAACCAUCUACUAGUGUUGGGUCUCCACCUUCAGGAGUAUCUUAUUCUCAGAUGGCGGGCAACAGCGGCAUUUGGCGUGAGCGUAAGGCGCCCGUCGCACCGCCUCCUCCUCCUGCUGCUCCUGCUCCCGACGAAGGAUCCGCUCCUCGUAUGCCAAUGUUGUGUGAUUUUGUACUCACCACCAGAGGUCCCUCCAAGAAAAACAAGAAAUCUAAGCGGAAUCAUUAAUUUUUUAUUUGAAUUUCAUAGUUUCUAUUGGUAUUUGUUGACUUAUUUAAUUUUGUUAUUGACUUAAUCAUAAGCUUUUCCAAGUAUAAAAAAAAUAAUAAAAUUGUAUGUACAAUAAUUUGCUUUUAUAAAUUGUAGACACAAAUAUACGAAAUAUAGGUUGAGGGGCAAUAAUGACUUGAAUUACACAUUCAUCAACAUACAUUAAUGACAAUUUAUAAUGAACAAUUCUAUUGAUUUCUGUUAUUAUUGUAUUUUUUUUCUGUAGUAGAGCAACCAGAUAAUUAUGCUAUGCUAUUUUGUUAUGCUAGAAGCUUUGUUCUCCAUGUAAUGGUUAGAUAUAAAGCGUAGCCCAUUAUUUGUAUCGACAAGAUAAUUGGUGAAAUAAAAUUUAAACAUGUGA